CCAGCCAGGGAGGGCCCAAACAAACAAAGUUAUCUUCUUAAGUUCUUAACAAAUAAAAUGCAGUGCCCUGUGCCCUGUGCCCAAAUAUUUAUAAUUUUAUACCUGAUUCCUUCCUGAACCUCAGAACCUGAUACGGUGAGGUGAGCAGUUGAGACUUGAGAGAGGCGGAGAGCAGAGAAUCAGAGAGAGGCUGAGGCGGUUCAGCUGGAGACUAGAGAGAGGCGGAGAGCAGAGACUAGAGAGAAAGAAAUUUUUAGUUUGGGGAGUUGAUGGCAUCCAAGCUGGUUCAAUUGCAAUCCAAGGCUGCUCAGGCUUCACAGUUUGUGACCAAGCACGGAUGUGCAUACUACAAGCAGCUAUUGGAGCGAAACAAGCAGUACAUUCAAGAACCACCCACUGUUGAGAAAUGCAACCUUUUGUCAAAACAAUUGUUUUCUACUCGCCUUGCCAGUCUUCCUGGGCGCCAAGAAGCAUUCUGGAAGGAGCUUGAUUCUGUCAAGCAGCUGUGGAAGAAUAAGCACGAGCUUAAGGUUGAGGAUGCUGGCAUUGCUGCUUUGUUUGGGCUAGAAUGCUUUGCCUGGUUCUGUGCUGGUGAGAUUGUAGGUCGAGGAUUUACAAUCACAGGCUACCAUGUUUAAGUGACGCAUCAGGACAAACUGCCUCUGAAGUUGAAUUGAUUGAGCUUCUCAUCAUUUAGUCUUUUUGUUCUAAUAACUAUCCUCUUCUGUCAAGUGACUACAGCAUACAUGUUACAGUGUUAUCAUGCGAGAAUAUGAAAACUGUAACAAAUUCAUUAGCCUCAAUAAUCUUCUAAUUUGCAUUUCCAUCUA